AUGGUAGCAGAACAGUCCGAGCCAAGCGCUCCGAAAUGGAAGCCCAACUUUGAGCUUAUCAACUUAGAGGCCUCUAACGCUUUGUUGUAUCGUCUUUAUAUUCAAGGAGACUAUGUUGGCUGCAAGUCUUUGAUCGGGGAAAUGCUUGAGCAAUGCUCAAAUCAGAGCGAGUAUGCUUUCUAUAUGAGAGGAGUGAUUGCUCGUGCUGAGGGUGAGCUUGAAGAAGCUCUGACUUGGUUCAACAAAGCGUUAGCUAUAUCUCCUACUUCGACAACUUAUCUGCGCAACAUAGGACGAGUCUACUUUCUUUUGGGAAAUCACACUCAGGCUGUCGAGUACCUAGAGAAAGCCAUAAAAGGCAAUCCAAAUGAUCCUGUAAGCUCGUGCUAUCUACCAUUUGGAUACCGAUUUGUUCAAUCCUUGUGA